AGAGAUUUUUCUGAUUUUCUUGUGAUAUGGCUGCAAAAUCUUGUUGAACUAUGAAGGUUAUGAAGUGUUUCACCUUCUCUCAUGAUGACAAAAAUGGUGAACCGAAGAACACCAAGUCAACUUCUGUACGCUCCUCCAUGUUCAUGUUAAAUGGUCAAGAGGGGAGGAAAUCAGGCUCUGAGUUUACAUCAAUAGAUAUUUCUGAUGUUAGUACAGAGUCAUCCACAAGGGCUUCAUUCACAAGUUUGACUCAAAAUCCGAGUGGUAGAAGUAUCAAUAAUCUCCGGGAAUUUGCAUUUUGUGAGCUGAAAACAGUAACUAGGAAUUUUAGUCGGGCCCUCAUGAUCGGAGAAGGUGGUUUUGGAGGUGUGUAUCGGGCUAUGAUAAGAAAAACGGAUGGUUCGGGUCAGAAGAUUGAUGUUGCUGUCAAACAACUAAGCAGAAGGGGACUGCAGGGACACAAAGAAUGGGUGACUGAGGUGAAUGUUCUCGGGUUUGUUGACCAUCCAAACCUUGUCAAACUUGUGGGGUAUAGCUCCGAAGACGAUGAAAGAGGGAUCCAACGUCUACUUGUGUACGAGUAUAUGCCAAAUAGGAGUGUUCAAGAUCAUUUGUCUAACAGGUUUCAUACACCUCUUCCAUGGUCUAUUAGGCUAAAAAUUGCACGAGAUGCUGCACGAGGCUUAGCUUAUCUCCAUGAAGGAAUGGAAUUUCAGAUAAUCUUCCGAGACUUUAAAUCUUCAAACAUUCUCUUGGACGAGAACUGGAAUGCUAAGCUAUCUGAUUUCGGGCUAGCCAGGCUUGGUCCUAUAGAUGAGACAGGCCAUGUGUCAACAGCAGUAGUUGGAACAGUUGGAUAUGCAGCUCCAGAAUAUGUUCAAACAGGACGAUUAAGUUACAAAAGUGAUGUAUGGAGCUUUGGAAUUUUUCUAUAUGAACUUAUCACGGGUCGAAGGCCAAUGGACCGUAACAAGCCAAAAAAUGAGCAAAAGCUCUUGGAUUGGGUGAGACCACACCUUUCCCAUGACCUUAGAAAAUUUGAGAAAAUUCUAGACCCUCGACUAGCAGGGAAUUACUCGCUCAAAUCAGCACAAAAGUUAGCAGCAGUUGCUAACAAGUGCUUGCACAGACAACCAAGAAUGAGGCCAAAAAUGAGCCAAGUGUUGGAGAUCUUGAACUCGAUUGUAGAAGAUGAGAGUGUCGAGAACCUGGAGGAAUCAUCACCGUGUUUUGAAAGUUUGCAUACACCACAACAUGGUGUUUUUGAGAGGUCAAUAAAGGAGGAAUUAAAGAGAAGACUAGUUGGGGUAGAGAACAAAUGGUUGGUUUGUUUGACAUGGAGCCCUAAAGUUAUGAGCACUACUUAGGGAAGCCUGAAUUGGUGCAUAUGGAAAUUGUCUAUAUAGCAAGUAUAUGUACAUAAAGUGGUUUUUCAUUUUAUAAAUGUAUGUUUUGAAGUGUAA